AUGGGCGACACAUCUAUUUGCACACAUGUCACUCCAGAAUGCCCGGUAUCAGCUACCACCUACGGGUAUCGUCCCAAUCUAGGUGGUAAUUGCUUCUUUGCAGCCAUAUUUGGACUAUGUGCAAUCUACAAUCUUAUUGUUGGCAUCAAAUCGAGACUGACCAUGUUCACAAUCGCCUUGACUGUAGGCAGUUUGAUGGAAUUGGCGGGAUACAUUGGUCGGAUUCUCAUGCACAAUAACCCUUGGGAUAAUAGUGGAUUCGAACUUCAAAUUAUCUGUCUUAUCUUGGCCCCUUCGUUUGUGGCUGCUGGUAUCUAUUGGUCUUUGAAGCACAUUGUGCUCUUUACUGGACCCGAAAAAUCGCGCCUAGCACCCCGUCUCUACCCUUGGAUCUUUGUUGGCUGUGACAUUGGCUCGAUUCUUCUACAAGCAGCCGGCGGGGGUGUUGCAGCUUCUGCAACAAGUAGCAACGCCAAACUCCUCGACGCAGGCAACGACAUCAUGAUCGCUGGUAUUGCUUUUCAGGUCGUGACUAUGGCGAUAUGUGGAGUGUUGGGAGUCGACUUUGUCAUUCGUCUUAUGCGUCACCGGCGCCUCGGAGAGGCUGCCCCUGAAGAGGAGAAGAUGUCAUCGAAAGAUUCUCGCAGAUUCUAUCUUUUCUGUGCUGGUGAGGUUUUUGCUUAUACUACUAUAUUGAUUCGUUGCAUCUACCGCAUUCCGGAGAUGGCUGGAGGAUGGGGUAAUCCUCUGAUGCAAGAUGAGACCGAAUUCUUGGUUUUGGAUGGAAUGAUGGUUGCCCUAGCAGUAGUCACACUCACCAUUCUACAUCCUUGUUUCACCUGUCCCUUUGUCCGCCGCCCUUAA